ACGUCAGUGCCCGGACAUGGCCGCGGCCGGUGCGGGGUCUUUGAGCUGAACGCCUGUUCCCAGCCGCUGACCUCCGCCGUCACCAUCGCCGGCCGGGCCCAGGCGCUUCCGGGACAGCGAAGAGCGGCGGAGCAGGGAUAGGAGGAGGCCGUUGCCGGGGGCCGCCGCAGCUGGCGCAUGGCGUCCAUCUUGCUGAGGAGCUGCCGCGGCCGGGCGCCCGCCCGUCUGCCGCCGCCCCGCGCCGCCGUUCCGCAAGGUAGUCUGGGGCAUGGAGCUUGUCUCAGUUGUGCCGGCACCAUGGGGUUGAUAAACCGUGUGGCUGUCCCCUCUGGCUGCUGUACCCCAGCCCAUCCCUUGUAUCAGUGCCUUCGAGCUGAGCCCUGCGGUCGCUGGAAGCCAAGGCCGGAGCACCUGUGUGCAGUGGCAGGAACACCAUGGACUCCCGCCCUAGUGGGUAUGCUUGUCAGGGGCCCCCAGUACCUUCCUGUGCGUGGCUGGCAUUCAUCACCUCCUCUCUGCGAUGACUCUGUGGUAGAGAAGUCCCUCAAGUCCCUGAAGGACAAGAACAAAAAGCUGGAGGAGGGUGGCCCCGUGUAUAGCCCAGCAACCCCAGUGGCAGUGAAGAAGUCCUUGGGGCAGAGGGUGCUGGAUGAACUCAAGCACUACUACCAUGGCUUCCGCCUGCUGUGGAUCGACACCAAGAUCGCGGCGCGCAUGCUCUGGCGCAUUCUGCACGGCCACACACUGACCCGCCGGGAGCGCAGGCAGUUUCUCCGCAUCUGUGCUGAUCUCUUCCGCCUGGUACCCUUCCUGGUCUUCGUGGUGGUGCCCUUCAUGGAGUUCCUGCUGCCCGUGGCUGUGAAGCUCUUCCCCAACAUGCUGCCGUCCACAUUUGAGACACAGUCCAUCAAGGAAGAACGGCUGAAGAAGGAGCUACGGGUCAAGCUGGAGCUGGCCAAGUUCCUCCAGGACACCAUUGAGGAAAUGGCCCUGAAGAACAAGGCAGCCAAGGGCAGCGCCACCCAGGACUUCUCAGCAUUCUUCCAGAAGAUCCGUGAGACAGGCGAGAGGCCCAGCAAUGAAGAAAUCAUGCGCUUCUCCAAGCUGUUCGAGGAUGAGCUGACCCUGGACAACCUCACACGCCCGCAGCUGGUGGCGCUGUGCAAGCUGCUGGAGCUGCAGUCCAUCGGCACCAACAACUUCCUGCGCUUCCAGCUCACCAUGCGGCUGCGGUCCAUAAAGGCCGACGACAAGCUGAUCGCCGAGGAAGGAGUGGACAGCCUGAAUGUCAAGGAGCUGCAGGCCGCCUGCCGGGCCCGGGGCAUGAGGGCCCUUGGCGUCACCGAGGACCGGCUGCGGAGCCAGCUGAAGCAGUGGUUGGACCUGCACCUGCACCAGGAGGUGCCCACAUCGCUGCUCGUGCUGUCCCGGGCCAUGUACCUCCCUGACACCCUCUCGCCUGCGGACCAGCUCAAGUCCACACUGCAGACCCUCCCGGAGAUCGUGGCCAAGGAGGCCCAGGUGAAAGUGGCUGAGGUGGAAGGUGAGCAGGUGGACAACAAGGCAAAACUGGAGGCCACGCUACAGGAGGAAGCUGCCAUCCAGCAAGAGCACCGUGAGAAGGAGCUGCAGCGGGCCGCAGAGGCGGCGAAAGGCACUGAGCUAGAAGGUAUGGGCACCACCACUCCUGGGAAGGCCGUGGUGGAGCCGCAGCCAGAGGCGCCUGAUGUGAUCCUGCCCUCAGAGGUCCUGAAGGACACUGCCCCUGUGCUGGAGGGCUUGAAGGAGGAAGAAAUCACUAAGGAGGAAAUUGACGUCCUGAGUGAUGCCUGUUCCAAGCUCAAGGAGCAGAAGAAGUCUCUGACCAAGGAGAAGGAGGAGCUCGAGCUGCUCAAGGAGGACGUUCAGGACUACAGCGAGGACUUGCAAGAGAUCAAGAAGGAACUUUCCAAGACUGGGGAGGAGAAGCUCGUAGAGGAAUCAAAAGCCAGCAAGAGGCUGACAAAGCGGGUGCAGCAGAUGAUUGGCCAGAUUGACGGGCUCAUUGCGCAGCUUGAGGCGGGCCAGCAGGCUGGCAGACUGGGCCUGACCGGGGCCUCACCUGCAGGGGAGAACGUCAUCAGUGUCACGGAGCUCAUCAGUGCCAUGAAACAAAUCAAGCACAUUCCAGAAAACAAGCUGGUCAGCUUGGCCUCCGCACUGGAUGAAAAUAAGGACGGCAAGAUCAAUAUCGAUGACCUUGUCAAGGUAAUCGAGCUGGUGGACAAAGAAGAUGUCCACAUCUCCACCAGCCAGGUGGCUGAGAUUGUGGCCACAUUGGAGAAGGAAGAGAAGGUGGGGGAGAAGGAGAAGGCCAAGGAGAAGGCUGAGAAGGAGGCAGUGGAGGCGAAGAAUUAGGGCCUUCCAUCCUGCCACACCAUCACGGUGGGAAUGACACAAGAGUGAUUGCUUUGAGGUGAUUCUUGUGGCAGUUCUAAUAUUUGGUCUGGAAUAAAUCAGAAACUUCCAUAACCAAGUAAUUUAAUUUUCAUCAUUCCACAAAGACUCAGUCUGGAUUCCUAGGAGCCUCCAGGGAACCAUGACUGGACUUGCUCUGUGGUGUGGUGCCGACUGGCCUGGAGGUACCUCACUGGACCAGGCAAGGCCAGGCAGGAGGGCCGCUCGCUGUGCACCCACGUCUGGGAAGAAGCACGGAUGUGCAGAGCCCAGCACCAGGCGGAGCCAGCCAGAUGCGCUGCACUGUGAGGCAACACAGACACAGCCCCUGGGCUCUGAAGAUCACUCCAGUUGGGCUUGGACUCUGAUUCCCACGUGUCCAUGGCAGCGUCUGCCUACACACGAUCCCUAAGUCGUAUCCAUGUACCUAUCAAGGCCAACUGUGGCUUCUCCGUGCCUCUCCCUGAGCACACACUGGUGUCUCCUGUGGAUCCCGUUGUGUUUACUGGAACUCUUUCUUGAUUCACUUUUGAUCUACGCCUAAUUCAUUAACUAACUUUCCUAAGGACAAUUUGCCUAACUCGUGAGUAGCAUCUAACAGUCAGGGCUGAGUCUCGCAAGCCUGGGUGUGAGGUACUCCACGCUGGAUGAUGUCACGUGCUGCCUUUCCGUCCAGGCCCCGUCCCCUUCCAGCACCACAGGGCCCUAUAUGGCUUCUCCCUCUUGACCCACCUGUCUGCAAGGACACAUGGGCGUGGUGGGGCCACUCCACAUGGCACCCCGAUCCUCCAGACAACUGGUUCUUCCCAUGUGUCUUGGGCUGUGACCUCCGCACUGGUUCUUAGCCCAGCAACCUUCCACUAGCCUAGGACUUCUGAGUCCACAGUCCCCUGGGCAGCAGCCAGGGCUUUUCUUGCUUGGUGGCAGGCACAUGGCCCAUGGAACCUCAUCGGUCACUAGAGAGUGUCACGUGAGGACUCUGAAGACAUGGGAACGCGUCGUGCACGCAGGAAAAACCUUGAAGUCACUUGAAGUUGACCACGGAGGAAUGAGGCGAUGCACACAUAAGGCUGAGUCCCACUUCCGUCCCCAUGGAGGGAGCUCUCCAGGCCAGUGACGCCCUGAGCCCUGCCUGCCCUAGCAGUCCGGCCCCAGCCAUCCAAGUGCUCUUGCUGCUGAGAACAGGCCUGGGAGUGCUCAGUGUGUCCCCACACAGGGCCAGUCGCCAGGUCCUGCCUGUCACACUUGGUGGCUUGUUUGGGCAGUCAGUGACUCUGGGCCUGCAGUGUUGCCUUGGGUGUCAUAAGGCUCGGUGGCACAUGGUGAGAGGUUCCAGAAGUUUUAGGGAGUCUUCCCCACAGUUUUACUGUACUGACCCUAAUUUAUUGCCACUCCCCUGCCUCAGCGUAGUAUAAGAAAUCUGGUCCACCAGGAGGAGGCGGGUGGCCGCUGAGCUGCCCGUGUUUCACACCGUGCAGGGUGUGCAUGCCCUGCCUUCUCAAGCAUCGUUAGGAGCUGGGACUCUGGAGCUGCAGCCAUGUCCCCUUGUUGCAUCCCACCCUCAUCCACCCCACACAGGCCCCGUUCACUCAGGGAUCUGGGACGUCCUUGUGGAGUGUCAGUCUAAACUUGGUGAACAUGGAGGCCUGCGUAUGUUUCUAAAAGUGGCCUCCUGUAAUCCCAGCACCCGGGAGGCUGAGCAAGAGGAUCACUGUGUUUAAGCUC